CACAACACAAGACGAAAGCACUUUUGUCUUCCACACCAUUCUCAUUUCUCAAUCAAACUCUUUCGCCAAAACCUAUUACAGUUGUCCCAUUUUUCCCAAUUUAACCCUCCAUUUUUUUUUUUUUUUUGGUUACUAAAUGUAAAUAAAUAAAUAAAAUACUCACGACGGGCUCCACCCACUCUUCAUAAAAGUCACCAGUUAGAAACACAGAGACCUUCAAUAGAGACUAGCAAGAGAAAAGAGAAAGAGACAGCCAAAAGCCACCCAACCCCAAAUCUAAUCGAUCGCCAAAAAUCUAAACGCUGAAGAGAAAGUAGCUGAAAGUGUUGGUGAAAUACAAUACGAUACAAUGCACGCAAAGACAGACUCGGAGGUGACGAGCCUCGCAGCGUCUUCCCCAACCAGAUCUCCCCCACGCCGGCCAGUGUACUACGUGCAGAGCCCUUCGAGAGAUUCCCACGAUGGAGAGAAGACCACCACGUCAUUCCAUUCGACGCCGGUGCUCAGCCCCAUGGGUUCCCCUCCCCACUCUCAUUCCUCUGUGGGCCGCCACUCUCGGGAGUCCUCCUCUAGCAGAUUCUCUGGAUCUCUCAAACCCGGAUCCCGCAAGAUCUCCCCCAACGAUCCCUCUCGGAAUGGCCAUGGUAAGACUCAAAAGCAGUGGAAGGAGUGCGCUGUCAUUGAAGAAGAAGGCCUUCUUGAAGUCGAAGAGCGUCGCAAAAGUCUCCCUCGCCGUUGCUAUUUCCUCGCUUUUGUUGUUGGCUUCUUUAUUCUCUUCUCUUUCUUUGCGUUGAUUUUGUGGGGUGCCAGCAAGCCUAUGAAACCCAAGAUCACUCUCCAGAGCAUAAAAUUCGAGCAAUUCAAGAUUCAAGCAGGCUCGGAUUUUACGGGAGUGGCUACUGAUAUGAUCUCCAUGAACGCCAGCGUGAAACUCACAUUCCGAAACACGGGCACAUUUUUUGGGGUCCAUGUUACAUCAACACCUCUAGAUCUAUCUUAUUCCCAAAUUACGAUAGCCUCUGGAACUAUUAAAAAGUUUUAUCAAUCAAGGAAGAGCCACAGAUCUCUCACAAUACCAGUAGUAGGCAAUAAAGUUCCUUUAUAUGGAAGUGGAGCAAGCCUGAGCAGCUCGACAGGGACGUCGACCCUGCCAGUGCCUCUGAAAUUGAACUUCGUGGUCCGAUCCAGAGCUUACGUUUUGGGCAAAUUGGUGAAGCCCAAGUUCUACAAGCGGAUUGAGUGUUCUGUAACUUAUGAUCCCAAAAAGCUAAACAUUGCAAUCUCCCUCAAGAAAUCUUGCACAUACGACGACUGAAACUGAUUCAAUAAAAAAAAAAAAAAAAAAAUCGAAGACUUUCUUUGUCAUUUUUCUUCAUUUACAAAUUUAAAAUUAAUGGGUGGUUUUUUUGUUGAAGAGAAAAGAUAUGAAAGACAGCUCAGCGGAGUUCUUCUGGGCAGAGAAUGUGGAACGCGGUUUAGACCUUUUUUUUUGGCUGCCCAAUUGCCCGAAUUACAGGUUGGAGUCCAUAGAUGAUUUAUUUCUUGCGGGUGAUGACCUUCCUUUUUAUUAUUUAUUCCUUUCUUUAUUUUGUCCUUUUGAUGUAAAAGUAAGAAAAUGAUUUAUUUAUUCUCAAUAAUGUAAUAUGAUUAGUGAUUCAUUAGGUAAAACUGUCUUGUGGUUAUUGUGAUUAAGCUUUUAUACAGUAAUGUACUAAACAUUCAUAUUUGUACC